CUUCCACUAUGCAACAAUAUAAUUCUGUUUCUUCACCAAAGACAAAAUAAAAUGGGUAGUAGUAGAAGGCGUUUGAGCUUCACUACUUGGCGUGACCAGUACUUCCGAUAUUCCUUCUCUCGGGCUAGGCUCAAAUCCACAACCAUCGAUCUCGGUGAAGGGACAAUCAUGCAUUAUUUGCCCCCAAGUCUCAUAACCACUCCGACCCUUCCCUUCUUUUACUCCACAACAUCAGAGCGAACAUCAUGUGGCAAUGGUGAAAGUGAUGAAGAUCUUAUUGAACCUUAUGAAGAGAUUAAAAGAUCUUGA